AUGAAUUUGCACGAGUGGUUGCCGUUCGUGACACGUGAGCCGGAAGUAGUCGUUUUGAGCGAGCAAAUAUUUGACGCUUCCAGUAAUGAAAGAAGACAUCUGGCUCAGAAGUACGCCGAAUCACGAAACACCUCUAUUUCCUCUUCUGCAGCACUCCCAAGAACAUCGCAGGAAGUUCCCAUCAACACCCAUUCACGUGCCGCUUUACACACCGCCUCCAUAAAUAGAGAAAAGCCAAAUGUCGCUUAUCGUCGAUCACCCGCCCGAAAAACUGACCCUAAACCGGAUUACGGUAAGACAAUAACGAUAAUAAUCGGUGCAGAAUAUAAGUAUGACUACAGCGAAUUUGCGCUAGCUCUUGAAUAUACGCUCUUGUAG